AUGGCGAUCCGAAGCCACAAGUCCGUGUUCCGAGGUCUUCAGCAGCUCCCGAGGUUUCUUACAGCAAUGAAACAAGCCGAUAGCGCGGAAACGUCAACGCAGUCGGCGUCCUUCAGUUGCGUUGAUCAGCAUCAGGGUUCUACUGCUUUUACGACGCUAUUCAUCCCCACACCGGCGAUAACUUCGUCGUCAAAAGCUGGAAACCUGAAUGCGGAGGACUCGCACGCAGGGCUGCGUCAGAACAAGGACCACCGACAGCUCCUCAAGGUGUCCGUGAGCCAAUUGAUUCGCAACUUGGCCAAAGUUUACGCAUUGUUAGGCUACGAGGAAAAAAGCGUGGCGGUGUUGCAGAUUGGGCUGCUGGAGAGCAUGGAGAUCGAUAACCAUAACAGCAGCUCCCUGAGUGGUCGGUCUCCCGGGAGCCGUUCGGGCGACAUGCUCUCGGAGCGCAAUGAUUUUCAUCGGAGUGGUUCUAAUAAGCGGGGAACCAAAAAGACGAAGAACAAGAAGCCGCUUCGCGGAGCUUCCGACGUUGUGCGAUUGUACCUGCAGCAAUUAGUGCCACUGUACUUGCAAAUGGACGAGGAGACGGAGAGCGAAUCCGGGAUGACGAUCCGUCGGGCCGAAAAACAAGGAGAGAAAAAUGCAGACGAGAAGCAUGAGCAUGAAGUUGUUUCUUUAACACGCGAGGACCGCGAAUCAGAAGCUUGCUCACGGACGCCUUCGUGCCCGAUGAGCAUCAAGAAGUACAACGCCUUUGCCGGGGAGCUGCUCAAAUACUUCGGGUUCGAGGCCCGCUUCCGCCUCUUUCCCUACGACCGCAUCUGUGCCGAAGAAGCGGCGGAAGAGACGAAUCACGCAAAGAACAGCAGUAGUCCACCUAGUGGUGAUCGUCGCGCCGCGCCCGCCGCCGCCGGCCCCUUCUCUUUGCCUACUCCUGCUGUUGCAGUCGGACCACCCUCGUCUCCGUCUGCGGUGCUUGUUUCGUCUCCCCCUUCCUCCACCUCCACGCACGACAAAAGCACAACCCCACUGAGCUCCUCUUCUGCUGCUUCCGCGUCGGCUCCGCUGUUCAUCCUGGACAACAUUCUUUCCGAGCGCAGUCUGGACCAGCUGAAACAGAUUUUUUGCGACCAAUUUUUCCACGCGCACGGGUACGAUCCCCUGUUGUAUGACUGCGGCCUCACCGAGGGGAAGAACCCCAGCUAUUUCAGCCUGUUCCACGACUUGCAGAGCGACGGAGCCGGUGCGCCGGAGGAAAAGGGGUAUCUGGACCAAAUAUUACACGAGUUUCUCGAAAACGUGAAGAAACACUUCAAGGCGGAAUGGGACAAUGAGAAGAAUAAAGCGACUAGUACUAGCUUCCCCGACCAGAACGACGAAAGUCGUGCAAGAGACAACUGCAAGCGCAAACAGGAAGCAGAAUUUGUGCUCGAAAGGCUGACCAAAGUGCGGUUCGCGGAGACCUGGACACACAAGCGCACACACCUUGGGUACCAUCAGUUGCAUGUGGACGCGAAAGACGAGGGAAUGCUGGACAAGGACGGGAAACCCGAGAGCCCGGUCGCGACCUUCGUCCUCUACUUAUCCGGCGGCGGGGGAUCAGCAGGACGAGCUUCCCGGCGGCAAAAACAGGACGAGGAGCCACAGGAACAGCUGCCUCCUCGAAGAGAGUCUUCCUGCCCUCUUGCCCCGACCGUGAUUAGCACUCAGAAGCUGGGCAGCGAGGGCGAGACCAUCCACAGCGCGACGGCGCAAAUGGUGUUUCCGGUGGAGAUAUCAAGUGCAAAAAUGUCUGGGUCUGGAAGAAUCCAUGUUUGUCAUGCUUGUCUGGCAUGACUCUUAAAUCUGUCAUGCACGUUAGCCAAGAGCUUCAUUUUUCUGUGAUGCAGAAACGCAGUUUGUCAUGCAGAAUAGGCAACACCUAGAAGCUCAUAGGAUUGUCAUGCUGAGCCAGCAUUUGUGGGCUUAUCAUGAGACGCCACCCAGCAUCACAAGUUUCCAGACUCAGACAUUUUUACACUUGAUAGGAGAACCGAGCGGUGUGCUUUUCGGGCGAUCUGUAUCACGGAGUAGUGCCCUAUGGAAGCGUCAGGUUUGAAAUCCUCAAAGUUGAAAUAGUUUGUGAUGCAUAAAAUGCAACCCACAAAAUGCCUGUCUUGCAGUAGAGUAGGCAAGGAAGGCAGAUUGUAAGCCUGUUGAGGGGUACAAAUAGAGCUGCUGGACUAGCAUGAAAAAAGGCCUCUUCCUUACCCAAACAGCAUUACAAACUGGAUUUCGGCUCUACCAAAUUUGUCAUGCGCCACUUGAAAACUAGGCACCAGCUGGUAUCCGUUUUAUGCAUGGCAAACUAUUUCAACUUUGACGAUUUCAAACCUGACGCAUCCAUAUGCCCGGCAUGAUUGUAGCUGGCGGAAGGCGAGGACGGCGCCGGGAGAAAAUCUCAAACCGCGCCUGUGAAGAAGUUGAUCGAUCGUCGAAGCAGGCUACGAGUGAAGGCAACGACGAAGCAGGAGCAGAGCUGGAUGCCGAAAGCUUAAGAGCACGAGGAAAGUCGUUUUCUUGUCGUGACAGCUCCGCCCAAGACGUAGACAAAGUUGUAAAAAGCGGUCCUGGAGAAGAUGAAAAUGUUGCUAGUUGUGAAGCUAAUAUCCCAUAUCGACAUACGCUGAUGAUUUCGCUCUGGGAGAACCUCACGCCAAAUCGGCGGAGUCACGAAAAAUCUCUCCUCUGCGAGUUCACCGGACGGCGGUGCGACCUGUUGCAGCUCGACAAGAGCCCGGGUCUGGAGAGGGCGCCCGUCAUGUUCCGCAGACAACUACCGCGCGCGGCAGACUUUCUUCGGCAAUUUGCAGUCGACCCGGAGGAGCUCAACAGCCGACUUCAGUCAUGCGACUCGACGCCCGAAAGCCGCAGCUUUGUCAGACCGGAGCGCCCGCAGCUGCUCACACGGGACUUGCGUUCGCACUCGUGGCUCGCAAAAGCGAUUCUCAAGCCGGUGGAAGUAGAUGAAGAUGAAUUGGACCACCACGACAAAUCCACCCGCACCUGGAACGACCUCGCGAAAACGUCCCAUGCGUCUGGCACACACUCAUCGUCCGCCACCCGGGCGCAGCCAAUUUGCGCGGGAACCAUGUGGGAGGGCGUGGAAGGAGAGAAACUCAAGCCCGGAUUCUACGCGUAUGAAAACGUCUUUCAGUUUUAGUUGAGGUGGGACGCCGCGACGUACUAUGUCGAAAUGAUACAUGUUGACCUACGAAGAGUAACUCCAUCAACUUAUUCUGAGUCCCAGCCUUGAGUUGUAUCAAGGACCGAUUGAUGAUGAUGUGCUUGUGCAAACGACCUCGAGCAGUAUGAGAAACAGGACAACGCGACAAAAGCAGCAUAGUCAUAAUAGAAUAUUCCAAAUGAUAACUUACUCGAGUUGCUGCGGAAAACCUCCAUGUUGCCCUGAUGCUCUGACAACUGGGAACUAGCCUUCGGUUGCUUGCCCCUAGAUUCAGAUACUAU